GCGGCCAUGUUGAAUAUAUCCAGUGAAUAUAUGAGUGAAUAGAUCUUCUACACGUGAACACCGAACACAUCAGUAUGAGUUGAGUUUUUACAAAAAAUUGUACCUGAAAAUGAGACAAAUCUUUAAUAGUAAGGUCCAAAACAUCGAGUUGUUGACCUUCGUAGUUCGUAUAAGAUACUGAGAUACGCCACAAGGAUGAGAAUUAACGGAAGAAGAAGUACACCGUCUAUAUAACAAUCAUCACUUGGUCAUUUAAAAAAGAUACUUUUUGAAUAUUGGAAAACUGUCGCUAAAGAAUUCUGAAAACCGUGUGAAAUUCCUGAUACGAACCGUAACACCUGUUGUUACCAUGGCAACUAAAGAAUUCACCCAGAAGAAUAUUCCGGAAGAGCCGGAGGUCUUCUCUUUUAUGUACAAUAAUGAAUUCUUUAUUCUCACGACUAUAUGCUCGUUGCCACUUGUGUAUUUUGGCGGAGAGAGGCUGUUUGGUAUUGCUACAUUGUGCUUGCUUCUCGUUUAUGUCAUCCAUGUUUCAUUUCAAGACACAAAAAGUUCGGUUGUUGGCUUUGUAAUCUGUGUUGCAGUCGUGGAGUUUUGUGUUCUCUUUUCUAUCGGUCCUCUGAUUUGGCACUCAAUCUUUAACAUCUUUCUUCUUAUUAUCUACAACGUAUUCAUUCUACUCACAGGAGGUUUGGGCUUGCUUCAGUUUUAUGAUAUUCGCAAGGACGAAAAAGAAUUUUGUGCAAAUGUGGAAUAUUUUCUUUUUCUAUUAUAUCCGUCGUGUUGUGUGUCGAUAUUGACCUGGAUGACGUCAUUUUUAUUUGGUUCGUUUAUUGCUCCCUAUGUACUGGUUGUUGUGGGAUUUCCAGCUUUUUAUACCUUUUUGAAUGAGAAAAUGAAGAAAAGCUUUUCCCCAAACAAUGAUCACGUGCUGGGAGAUGCAGAAAAACUGCUGAUAUUAUUGUGUUAUAUCCUAUCAUCGAGUGUUGUUUUUUGUUUUGUGAAUUUUUUUGAUCUUCUCUGUUUAUCGUCUUGGAUAUCGCCGUUAUUUUUCAUUUGCGUUUCUUUGUUUUUUACAACAUUUUUCGACACAACUGACUUGCGUGAUAUGGCUGACAUAAGGAACUCACAAUGGCAAAUAUUUCAAAUCUGUACUGGAUGUUUGUCACUUAUGCUCUGUGCUCUUCUUUCUUACAUUCAUGGUAUAGUUGAUAAGGUGAACGCCAUUUUCCUAUGCAUAAUUUUCCUCUCAAGUACAGCAUUGUUUGCCACCAUCAAGUACAGAUAUGUAAAACUGUCUUCUUCAACAUGUUUGUUUCUCCUUUUUUUGUAUAUUCUAUGGUUCUCUCAAAUUCCCUGGUAUUUACAUUUCUCUCCGGCAAAUACAGUACAAUUGUCAUUUUACUUUCUGGAAGUUUUGAUUUUAUUGAUUGCUAUUCUCUCAGUUGCUGUCGUUGCUGCAUCUAUUGGUAUUCUUUAUCGAUCAUUGUUGAAGCCGCUUUUGAUAUUGCACAGUUUAGGUUUUGUUGUUGUUGAGAAUAUUUUAUUUAACAGCGAAGUAUACCCUCGUUAUCUUGUAUUAUUCACAACAAUACUUGCCCUCUACACAUAUCAAAGAUUGUAUAACGUCCAUCGUCUAAGCAAGUCUUGUGCUGUACUAUGUUCAACGUUUCAUUUAUACAAGACGUUAAAUAUCUUCACGAUGUCAAACGCUUCUUUUAUGGAUAAUGGUUUUACAAAAUUGUUUGUAAUCAUCGGACAAUUUUGCUUUUCACUUAUUUUGGUCAUUAUAACAUACGAAAAUAGAGAACAUCUUGACAUUCAUUGGGUGUUUAAUUAUGUUGGUAUUGUUUUUUUCUCCUUACUUCCUUUGUCAUACACUUUUUUACCGUUGUUGCAUUCAAACAUCUUUGAAGGCGAUCCGUCUUUCAGCGAUAUUGCAGGCUUGAUUUCCAUCCUAACUGGCUGUUGUCUUGCAAAACUGGCAUUUUUCAAUUCAAUUAAUGCAAAUUUACGAAAAGGAAGCGUUAUUUUAAUAUUUUCCGGUUUUUUUCUUCGCAUGCUUCAACCACAGCCAGAUUUUCUUCAGAUUUUCAUUAACUACAUUCCUAAACUGAUCUUUCGGGAGAUUUUUUAUGAUACUUGGCAGAUUGUCUUCUCCGAAUACAUGAUUUUACCAUGGUGCAUGUUCUUUACGAUUUUGCUGCUGGCGUUGCUGCUGUUUGGAUUGCUUCAUCUGAAGAGACUUUCUUCCUUUAAUUUAAAUAUCAUUUCAACAUUUAUUGGUUGUACUGUUGGUUUAUGUGCUGCUCGUGUGAUCCUUCCGUAUCCCAAAUUACCUUCAUCUAUCCUUUCCGUACCUUACAUGAUAUCUACAGCAAUCACGGCAAAUCAUUUGAUAUUUUCAAUCAAACAACCAACUACAAACUGCAAUUCAACAAAAUACACCAUUUUAUUGUUUUUCUCCAUUUUGUCUGUGAUUGUGGAAAUAAAUUACAAAAUAUAUAUGACCACAAGCAAAAGUAACAUUUUCCCCCCUGGUUUUUUGUUUCAAUCAAUACUUCAUCUUAUAAUGGUCGUAAAACGAAAUUCUCGCUCAAAUCUGGCGAUGCCUUUCGAGGAAAAACAAACUCCAAUAGUGGACUUACUUCAAAAUUUUUCUUUAUUAAUGAUCGUGUUCUUUGGGUUGAUGUUUUCACCUGAGACACUGUAUGAUUUAAUGGUUGUGCCUUUAUGUGGCCUUCUAAUGAUGUUGAAUUUGAAAGAUUUUGGAUUAUCCAUGAAAUAUAGCGAGCAUGCUGCUGUCAUCAAACGUGUAGUUUUUGUUGGAGUGCUUGGUCUAAUACUAUAUUACAGGCUCUUUUGUCAGUUGUCAUGGGUCAAGUUGAGUUUUUUCACUGUCAUUGCGUUGGUUUUUGAAGCAUUGAUCAUCCUCUUAACCCUCCUAGUGUACCUUGUAAUCCUUUCUGUCUUCUGGCAUGGUGCUCGUACAAUGAACGAAGAACUUAUCAUUGCAUUGUUUUCACCUUUAUUUAUAUUAUUGUUACUAUAUGGUAGAACUACCACUUGUAAAGCUUUGGGAAUCGUUGGACCAUUGUUUGCUUACUUUGUAUUUUACUGCUACCCGCGUAAAUAAAUAUUUUGUACAUUUAUAUGACAAUUUAUGACAAUAGUUGUUAUUUUACAGUACAGAAUGAUAUAAUGUAAAUAUAAUUCAAAAAUUAUUUAUAGUUAUCAGCAUAUAGUUGCAGAAUAUUUUUUCCUCGAACAAAAUGUGAAACGUUGUUACCAAA